AUGUUUAUCCCCUACACCACACCAUCUUCUAAGUGUAACCACAACACGCGCCGGGUGAUCAACACUAUUGUUGCUGUAAAUGCUAGUGACAGGCGUCGCCUUCACAAUAGGGUUGAUAAUAUUAACGCAGCUCGAGAAUCAAGCGAUGGCAUGAGGAUUCUAGAUUGGUUUCAAACCCCUGACUCACCUCUCCCUGCGAGGGGCCGUCGCCAGCAUCAGAAACCGCUGGCGGACGAGGGCCAGGGGCCCGAAAACGUGGCGCGGCUGACAGCGGCUGGCCCUAUUGUUCCUUCAAUUAAAGCUUCCAUUGCAGAAAGUCGGUUCUAUCCUAUCAGUGGGCUGGAGGGUGAUUCCCGGGGACCGCUUGUCUUUCACGGGCUCAGUUACUAUGAAGCGAUUCUGUACCAUCGCCAGCGUCUGCUGGACGCUGUGCAUUCCAGACUCUCCAGGCGCCAGGUGGAUGAUGUACUCAUUCAAACCAUCUGUAUCAUGAUUUCGGUGGAUGAGUAUCUUGGAUUUAGUGAGUAUCGGCCGGCGCAUCUAAAGGGACUUCGAGACGUCAUGAAAAUCCGCGAAGCCCACAAUACUCCCAGGCGGUCGCGCUCCAACCUGGAUCCCAGCUCAGUUGCGACAUAUCUGUCCACGGCCAUGCUGGUGCUUACAAGCAAGAAGAUGGUUGAAUUUCAUUUAGAGAGCAAUCUCUUUCAAUAUAGCAAUGCACUUGCAGCCCCCGCAACCUGUUUGCCUUCUCCAUCUUCAGCGCGGGAACUAGAAAUGAGGAUGAAGGGUCUACCCCCUGGCUUCGCAGACCUGAUUCGACGCGGCAUUCUUGCGGAAAAGAUGAUAAGCCUACUUGGGAACUUUUCCUCUUGGUUUGUUCAGGGGAUGGGCACACAGCCUACCAAUCGGGAAAGCUGGCGAUACUCAAAUUUCCAACCUGAAAAUCGGCUUGAGGAAUGUAUCAGCACGGCUUUAUUAUGUCUAGCGGAUGACCUCAGCUCCAUGGAGCUGUGGGCUUUGCCACCCCUCGCCGACUGUAUGAUGUGGAUGUCCACCGUCAUUGCAAUACCGCGGAAUAAAACGUUGAUCGCUCACGAUGACCAAAUGGCGUUGUUGAGGAGGUCCAUAGGGAACAAGUCCCUCCAUCGGUUCUCUGAUGAGAUUGAAGUAGUUCUGCAGCGUUUCUUCUACGACCAGAGCCGCGUAAUGGACUGGCAAGAAGCCUGGAAUCUGGCUUUGACUGUCACGAAUGAUCAGCCAUUGAGUGAUUUUUGA